AUGGAAGAAGCACUGGCUUUGGAAGAGCUCGAUCUCAACUACUAUCGUAGUAAGAAGCUGUACAAGCCCGUAUGGGCCCGUGGAGUCUUUGGUGGACAGGUUAUAGGCCAAGCUCUUAACGCUGCUACUGCGACUGUACCAGAACAGUAUUUCAUUCAUUCACUACACUCAUAUUUCAUUCUCCCGGGUGAUAAUUCUCUCCCGAUACUGUACGAGGUACAACGAGUGAGAAAUGGCAAGUCUUAUUGCACACGGAUGGUGAUGGCUAAACAAAAGGGUCGAUGCAUCCUCUCUCUUAAUUGUAGUUUUGCUCUCCUUGAAAAUGGUCAACCGUUGAGACAUCAAUAUCCUAUGCCCGAAUGUCCCGAUCCGGAGACACUGCCAACACUCAUAGAGAGAUUAAAGUCUUGGUCAAAUCAUCCCGAGGUUCCCAGGUGGUAUAAGUCUUAUAUGGAAAAGAAACUCGUUGCGGAGAUGGAAUACCCGGUUGACUCUCGCAACACUGAUAGAAUAACAUUUGAGGACCUCUCUCAUCCAAAAAAGACGACGAAACAGGCAACCAAAGGCAAUCUCGGAGAUAACCUUGCAUUACAUAAGUGUGCACUCGCCUAUGCUAGCGACGAUAGUUUCCUUUUAACCGCCAUUCGUCCUCACGGGAUGACGCCAUUUCACCAAAUGAUGAUGGCGUCCCUUUGUCAUUCAAUUUGGUUUCAUGAUCCGUAUAUCAGAGCAGACGAAUGGUUACUAUGUGAAAUGGAAUCUCCGCAAAGUGCUAAUGGACGAGGUCUUGCAUUCGGUCGUAUAUUCACGAGAGAUGGCCGUUUGGUAGCAUCAACAGCCCAAGAAGGCGUUAUACGGGUUAUACAGAAAGAUAGGGCCCCAAAGGCGAACUUUUGA